AUGCCAUGCUUGGAGUCCGUGCUGCAGCAGCCUGGUCAGACACCAGUCUGCAGAGCUGCGCAUAACCACACCGUGACUGGCAACAGCAACUGGCUGGGCAACAGGUCCUUCUGCCUGACCUCCCGCCUGCUUCCAGGCCUGCGGACGGGUUACCGACUUCAUCGUCACCCUGCCGCUCCCGGGGCAGGCCGCCCGUCCCGCCGGGCCCCGCCGGGCCCCGCCACCUCUCCCCGGGCCGCGCCUGGCCGGGCCCGCCCCGAGGGGAGCGGCCGGGGCGAGCGGGGCGGCGCCUGCGGAAUCACCUCGGCCGCACGGCGGGGCCCGGCCUCUCUCGGCGACCGCAGCCAUGGCGGAGCGCAGCGGCGCGGGGCCGGGACGGCCGCCGUGAGGCGAGGCGAGGCGAGGGUGCCGGGCCGCCUGCCCCGUCCCUACCGCCAUGAGGGCUUCCAGCUGAUAUGCAGCUUAAGCGUGUGUGAAGGGAUGGCUGUAAAUCGGAGGUCUCGGGUGGCAAGAGAGCUGUCUGGAAGAUACAGCCGUCAGGCAAACGGUUUGCAUGUUUCGCUGCAGGUGUGGGCUUGCUGGAGCAGCAGUGGUUGUGAAAAGAAAAGAAAUAAGCUGUUGGUGCUGCUUUGAAGAUGCCCAUUUGAAAGAGAUUGAGAAGAUGGAAAUGUAGAGUCCACAACUUAAAUGGGACUACUGGAGAAGUACUUGUUUUCAGGAUCUGGGUGUAGUAACUUGAAACAUCAGAGGUGGUUGGGGCAAGGUAUAACAAGAAUUAUGUAUACAAUUUGCUGUUAAUCCCCUCUUGCUGCUUGUUUAAAAUUAUAUUUUUUCUGUGACUUAUAUUUAUUAAACUUAUUUAAACUUG